AUGGCUGGCAAGUUCGAGCCGAAGACCCCCGUCAACCUUGAUCCUCCCAAGGAUGACCCCAUCACCCUCGAGGAGUUGGCAAAGGCCGAUGGAGUCAAUGGAGGGAAAUGCUAUGUCGCCAUCAAGGGCACGGUCUACGAUGUUACCGGUAACAAGGCAUAUCAGCCUGGAGGCUCGUACCAUGCGUUUGCCGGGCAUGAUGCGUCGAGAGCACUGGGCAAAGUAUCUACCAAGGCAGAAGACGUCAAACCCGAGUGGCACGAUCUGGACGACAACCAGAAGAGCACUCUGAACGACUGGGUAACAUUCUUCAGCAAGCGCUACAAUGUGGUAGGAAAGGUGGUCGGUGCGACGAAUACUGAGUGA